AUGGGAGACAAUUCGCCAGAAAAAAAAGUAGGUUGUGGAUUAAUAACAAACGUAUUUGGAUUCGGACGACAUGGUUUAUGGCCAAGGAGAAUAUCCUCCUCCGCGAAGUCUCUUCCAUUACCAAACCAUGCUGCAAAUGAUCAAAAACGACGUCGAAGUGGUUCUAAAGACGUUGUUUACGUCGAUCCACCUUCGCGCAAUAGUUCGACUGCGCGGUCUGUUUCGAAGUCUACUUGUUCAUCAAAUAAUACUAAUACUAAUAAUAAUAAUAAUCCGCCGAGAAAAAACCAAAACGAAACCACAAUGCCACAACGCGUUGUUCCUGCUCAGAAGGCUUCUAUUUCACCUUCUACUCAAGCUACUCAGGGGUAUGUUAAUCAAGGAAGGAGGGUACAAAAGGAAGCUAUUGGAAUUUCAGGCGAGUUAGAAAGUAUGAUCAAUGAUCAUCAAAAAUCGAAGGGGAGUGGUAAUCUCGUUCGCGCUUCUUCUAGCAAUGUUAUGUUGUUUGGGAAUUUGGGUAAUAUUAGGCAUGGAAAUCAAGAUGAUAGUUAUUCGGUUGCAAUGGAUAAUUAUAACCAGUAUUUCGAAAAUUCGAAUUCAAAUGGAGGAGGAGGAGGACACAAGAAGAAGGUGGCGAGUAUUGAUAAUGAAACGAAACCAUCGAUGAAUUCAGGUGGUGGUUCUCUUUGUAGGGCUAUAUCGACUAGAAUGGAUCCAGAACAGUUGAAGAUAAUGGGGAAUGAGGAUUAUAAGAAUGGAAGAUUUGCGGAGGCAUUAGCGUUGUAUGACGCGGCUAUAUCAAUUGAUCCUAAGAAGGCUCCGUAUAGAAGUAAUAGAAGUGCGGCUUUAACGGGUCUUGGUAGGCUUCUUGAAGCUGUGUUUGAAUGUAGGGAAGCUAUUCAGAUUGAUCCUCAUUAUCAUCGAGCUCAUCAUCGUUUAGGAAAUUUGCAUUUAAGACUAGGCGAAACAGAUAAGGCUCUUUAUCAUUAUAAACAAGCGGGACCAGAGGCUGAUCUGGACGAGGUUGCUAAAGUGAAGAUUAUUCAAGCUCAUCUAAAUAAAUGCACCGAGGCUCGCAGGUUAGGAGAUUGGAACACACUCAUCACUGAGGCGUCCAACACUAUAUCAUCUGGUGCAGAUUCAGCUCCACAGAUAUUUGCGUUGCAAGCCGAAGCUUUGAUAAAACUCUGUAGGCAUCAUGAUGCUGACAAUGUAAUGUCAAAGAGUCCUAAUUUUGAUGUUGACGAUUGUACAAAGUUCUUCGGACCAAUUAGUAAUGCAAAUUUGUUAGUCACGCGCGCUCAAGUUGAUCUCGCUGCUGGCAGAUUUGAUGAUGCUUUGGAGGCAGCACAGAAAGCAACAAGGCUAGAUUCAAACAACAAGGAAGCAAUGAAGGUGUUGAGAAAAGCUCGAGCCGUGACAGCUGCAAGAGGCAGAGGAAACGAGCUUUUCAAGGCAUCGAAAUUCUCUGAGGCUUGUAUUGCUUAUGGAGAAGGGCUUGAGAAUGAUCCGUGUAACUCGGUUUUACUAUGCAAUCGGGCAGCUUGUAGAUUAAAACUCGGCCAAUUAGAGAAAGCGGUGGAAGAUUGCUCUGCGGCACUUAGCUUGCGCCCAUCUUACACCAAAGCAAGGAUGAGAAGAGCUGAUUGUAAUGCAAAGUUGGAAAGAUGGGAAGCUUCAAUAGCAGACUAUGAGAUCUUGUUAAGAGAGACACCAGAAGACGAGGAACUAAAUCGGGCUAUGUUGGAGGCUCGCGUACAACUUAAGAAACAACGAGGUGGAUGA